AUGGCCUUUUCAAUGCACAGUCACUCUGGACAAUUUUGUCCCGGUCACGCCAAAGAUACACUAGAAGAAGUGAUUCAAACCGCCAUUUCCCGGGGCAUGCAAACUUUUGCAUUAACAGAACACAUGCCGCGAAACUCCAACUCGGAUUUAUAUCCCGAAGAAGUAGAAGCUGGAGAUGAUAUCUCUCUUUUUAUACCAAGACACGAAGCUUAUCUCAUCGAAGCUGUUCGUCUUCGCGAUACAUAUGAGGAUAAACUUGAUAUCCUCAUAGGUUUUGAGGGAGAAUGGAUUCGUUCGGAUUAUGGACCUCUGAUCAAAGAGCUUGCUUCCCAUCCUAUCAUUGAUUUCUUCAUUGGUUCGAUACAUCACGUGAACGAGAUACCUAUUGAUUACGAUGCUGCACUUUAUGCAAAAGCUAUCGAGAGGUCUGGAGGCUCGGAGGAGAAGUUAUAUGGGGAUUAUUUUGACCAGCAAUACAAGAUGUUGCAAACGUUGAAACCGAAGGUGGUGGGUCAUUUUGAUUUGAUUAGACUGUUGAGCGAGAAGCCGGAUAGGAACUUGAAAGAGUGGGAUGGAAUUUGGCAAAAGAUUUUGCGAAAUUUGUUAGAGGUGGCGGAAUAUGGAGGGUUGUUGGAAAUUAAUACUAGUGCGUUGAGGAAGGGAUUGAAGGAGCCAUACCCUGGAAGAGAGAUUUGCGAGACAUUCAGAGACCUUGGUGGGAAGUUUACAUUGUCUGAUGAUAGUCAUGGUAUUGGACACGUUGGAACAAAUUUCGUUAAGGCGAUUGAUUAUUUGGAGUCUCUCCAAGUACAGAAGCUUUAUACAUUCGAGAGGAAUACAAAAGCGGGGUCGAAUGAGGUCACAAAAGUGUUGACCUUGAAAAGUGUACUUGUGUCAAGCGUCAAAGAGACUUUUAUCCCUGAAUGA